UCCAUCCUCCGGCCACAGAGCUCAGGACGGGGCUGGGAAACCAUGUCCCCAUCCCUGCCUGCCCUCCUCUGCCUUGGGCUGUGUCUGGGGCAGGCCACCAGCGCGCGGAGGGGCCCCCUCCCCAAGCCCUCGCUGCAGGCCCUGCCCGGGGCCCUGGUGCCCCUGCACGAGCCCGUGCUCCUGCGCUGCCAGGGGCCCCCCGGCGCGGACCUGUACCGCCUGGAGAAGCUGAGGUCCCGGAACUAUCAGGACGAGGCGGUGCUCUCCAUCCCGGCCAUGCAGAAGUCCUCCGCCGGGUCCUACCGCUGCUCCUAUCAGAAUGGAUCCGUCUGGUCCCUCCCCAGUGACCAAGUGGACCUGAUCGCGACCGGAGUCUAUGCCAAGCCCUCGCUCUCGGCGUGGCCCGGUCCGGCGGUUUCCUCGGGAGGGGACGUGACCCUCCAGUGUCAGUCCCCGUAUGGUUUUGACCAGUUUGCUCUAUACAAGGAGGGUGCGGCAGGGCCCACCAAGAGCCUGGAGAGGUGGUACCGGGCCGACUUCCCCAUCAUCACGGUGACGGCUGCUGACAGUGGGACCUACAGAUGCUACAGCUUUUCCAGAGAGUCCCCAUACCUGUGGUCAGCCCCCAGCGACCCCCUGGAGCUUGUGGUCACAGGAACCUCUGCACCCCCUGUUCAGUUACCCAUGGAGCCACUUUCCUCUGUAUCAGAAUUCCCGGAAACCUUCAGGAAACUGGACAUCUCACCCAUGAACAAAGUCUCCACAACCCAGACAUCUCAGAAUACCACCAUCUUUCGGGAGGAGUCAGGUUCUACAGCUGGUACUGACCUCCAGUACUACACCAGGGGUAAUGUGAUUCGGAUUUGCCUUGGUGCUGUGGUUCUAAUACUCCUGGUGGGGAUUCUGGCAGAGGAUUGGCACAGCCGGAAGAUGCCCCCGCUGCACAGGGUCAGAGCCAUCCAAAGGCCACUCCCACCACUCCCACAGAUCCAGAAACCACAGGGCUGUCAGGAUGGGGGUCGACCAGAUGGUCACAGCCAUGAGUAUCACCAUGAGAACUUUGGGGGCUGCCAUAUCUAAGAGGUAGACCACACAAGUGGGGAGGGGACUAAAAAAGGGCAUGUGAAGUGUGUGGAGGGCCAAAAGCAACAGGAGAGAGGGGCUACAGGUGAGAAAAGAAGGUGGCUCCCAACCUGUGUCUGCUCUAUCGAGGAGCUGGUGAGUCAGUGUCUAUUUGGCUGUCUGUCCAAGGGCUCCCUCUAUUUUGGGAUGUAGGGAAUCUAGCAGAGGUCAAAGAAUCCACACAUUGUAGGUCUUAUGUCUCCUUGACUAGAUUUUCAUACUAUCCUCUUUCUCCACCCUCCCUAAUAUGGGCUGCAAAUGGAUCUCUCUAACAUAUGUAACUCCCACAGCUGAACCUUUCGCUUCUCUGCACAGGAUCUUACCAGGCUUCUCUCUUGUCUCUUCCUCAUUCCCUCUUUCCCUCUGUGCUCUUCUGUGUUCAUCGCUAAACUUAGCCCUCACCCUAACUCCUGACAUUCCAUCUUAAGCUCCAGUCUGAUAAACCUCCAUUGUUUCUCUGAAUGGGUCUGGUUUCUUAAGGCAGUGAGGCAUGUUAUUUCUUUUCCCUAGAAUAUAAUGGUAAUUAUGAUUAACUUGCCAGUGGGUUCCCUUCCUACUGAUAAAGAGUCCAAAAUCAUUCCUCUGUCCUAAAAGACAUUUCGCAAUUUGACCCUGGCUGCUUCUCAAAGAGUGUUCUACUCACAUCCCUCUAACUCACUCCAUUUCAGCCACGAUGAUCUUGAUGUUUCUCAAUGUGCUGAGCAGGUUUACAGUUUCCAAUUUGAUUCCAGCCUAGAUCCCCAAUUUUUCUGUAGCUUGCCCUUACUAUUUCUUCCAGACUUCUGGUCAAAUAGUACCUCUUCAAAGACAUGUAUUACAAAUGCCAUUUCUGAAGACUUAAAAUUUAUUAGUUCAAUUUAAGGUUGAACAUUAAUUUUUUUUACGAUUUUGCUGUCAUAAAUGUUGCAUUUCAUACAUAUCUUUUUCUGAACAGUGAUCAUUUUCUUUAGGAGUAGAAUAGGCUAAGAUUUCUGCUUAUUUUAACUUUUAACCUGUAACAGGAAAUGAUUUUCUAAAUUGGUAGGACUAGUUUAUACAUCUCAUAAAAGUUCAUGAAAGUUCUCAUUGUUCUACGUCACUUACAACCUUGAUGUUUUCAGACUUAAAUUUGCACCAAAGCAAUUAAACAUAAUUUAAGCGUGAUUUAAAUAUAAGUCCCAGUUUUCAUGGGAAAAAGAAACAAUGUAGAGAAAACCGUGAGGAAAGAAUCAUACUAAUUCAUAAUCUGGGUUCUUCUACUAGACAAUAGGCUGAGUAACUUCCAAAAUUUAGGUCAUGGAAAGUUUUUCUUGGGGGAGGGGUUGAUCUAAAUUCAAGGAAAUUAAAAAAACACAUAACGACCAGAUGCAAUGCAUGCACUUUUUUGGGGGGAUUAUAGUCAUAAAAUAACCAUUGAGAAAUUAGAGAAAUUAAAAAAUACCAUGGUAUAUGAUAUUGGGGGUUUAUAAUUAAUUUUCUCAAUUGUGAUAAUGGGGUGUAUAUAUAUAUACACACACACCAUAAACAUACCAUACAUACCAUGUGAUAUAUAUGGUGUGUAUAUAUAUACCAUAUAUAUUUAUAUAUACUAUUUAGAAGAAUGCUGAAAUAUUUAUUAAUCAAAUGGUAUAAUUUUUGGAACAGUAGAUACUUAAUUUUUCUAAAAUGCAAAAUGAAAUGAAUGAACUUACAAUUGAGGAAAACUUCUGAAAAAUAGAUCACUGAAGGAACUUGGGGGUAAUGGAAAGAAAAUUACCAGAUGCUAGUAGAAGAGGAGUCUUUCACAGCGCAGUGGAAUGGCGGUUAUCCUGAAAGAUUAAUAUUCAUGAAAGUACAGAAAUGGAGGACCCAGACGUGAUGCAACUCAGUGGCCUUCUCCUAACACAGGGAGAGCGCCUUUCACUUAAACAUGAUUUUUAGAAAGGAUUAAGGUCAAACUCCAUGGUAAAAAUAUGCUGGGAAUUUGAAUAAUGCACAUAUUAGAAGGAAAAAAAAUCAUGAACAUACUGCUAUAAAACAGAGGCGAAAUGACAAUUAAUAUUAUAAUAUCGGCUAUAUGGAAUUAGACAUAGGUAGAAGCUACAUAAAAACAAUGUAAUUUGAAUUAGAGACGCUCAGGUUUGAGAUAGGUAGGAAACAAUAGGAUAUGAAAAGUGAUCCAAGAAUUGUAGAAGAGCAAGAACUGAGUGACAAACCCUGUGGUGCAAUUCAUGCUUUGGAACGCCUUGUUCAUUUAGGCAGAAGCUAGACUCCAGCUGAGACCUCUUUCUAGCUUAGCUCAUGACCCCCGCCAUGCCCUGCUUCCUCUAUCCACCCCUCCUUACAGCACUCCAUCAAUAUAUCAUUUGCAAAAAUCCCCUUCUAGUGAAUUUAUCUAAGACAGCUAGCUGAACCAGGAAUGGUCCCAGGGAGCCUAAUCUAAAGAUGGGACACGUAAGUAAGCUCUUCUUGACCAGAUGUCAAUGGAGACACCAUCCCUGGUGAUAGGUGGAGUAAUAAUUGUCUCCAUCAUGCUGAGUCAGGGAAAUUUUGAAGACUUCCAAAUGUUAUGAGUUGAAACUAGAUACAGGUGCAAGAGUAUGAACUAGCUGGUACGGUUAUCUCUGGUCUUUAGGAAAUAAGUGGAAUGAGGUUCUAAAAGGAAUUUGGAACUAGGUGUCUGCUGCUAAGUUUCACUGAUAAAAUAAAAAGACAGAACUACUGGCACAGAUCUAUCAAUCAGCAUUUAAAAAUAAAACCAGAGAGAGAGCCCCCUGGCAACAUUUUAGGAGCAGUGAUAUCCUGCAGCUGAAGGCAGGCAGAGCCCACGAUCAGGCAUUGGACCUAAUUGCAGGAGGGCAGAACACUGAAGACAAUUGAUGUAUGAGCCCAGCUAAGUCUGAUCUGGCAAAGUCAGGCCCUAAGAGGGAUGUGGGAGGUGGAGAUUUGGGAUGGGAAAAUAGGAUGGGUGCAGUUUAGUGCUCAGACCCUCCAAAUCCCUUGAGCCCUCUAGGUAUUCAGAAGUGUCCCAUUCUCCCUUGGAGGGGAUGUGGGCUUCUCUUGUCUGAAGACUGUGCAGAGGUCUCAGGGGAGGCAAAUGCAUCAGAAGACAAUGCUUGCCUGAUCCAGACCUGUCCCCAGCCCACGUCCCUCCUGGGGAUGUGUUCAAACCUCAGCGUAACUCAACUCGGGCGUGCUAGCCAGAAAGGAAGGAGAGGGAUUACAUACCGCAGGCACUGUAGGAACUUGCUAACUUAACAAAACACUUUUUAUUGUACUAAUAUAUACAUAUCAGCCUUUCCCAUUUUAACCACUUUCAGGUGUACAAUUCGCUGUUAUUAAUUCAUUCCUAAUAUUGUGCUACCACCACCAACGUCCAUUACCCAAACUUUUUCAUCAAGUCAAACAGAAACUCUGUUCCUGUUGAACGAUAUCUCCUCAUGCCCCUUACUCUCCAGCCCCUGGUAGCCUGUACUCUACUUUCUAUCUCUAUGGCUUGCUUAUUGCAGAUAAGUGAGAUCUACAAUAUUUGCCUUUUUGUUUUGGCUUAUUUCAUGCAACAUGAGAUCUUCAAGUUUCAUCCAUGUUGUAGCAUGCAUCAGAAUUUCAUUCCUUUUUAUGGCUGAAUAAUAUUCCAUUGUACGUACAUGCUACAUUUUGUUUAUCCAUUCAGAGGGCCAUCAUUUUCCCAAGAUGGAGUUAGACCUUGUAUUAGUUUCCUCUUGCUGCUGUAACACACAGUCAUGGCUAAAAACACACAUGGCGGCUUAAAACAACACAGAUGUAUUCUCUUACAGUUAUGGGAGUCAGAAUCCAAAAUGAGUCUUCAGGACUCAAAGUCCAGGUGUUAGCAGGGCUGUUUUCCUUCUGGGGGCUCCAGGGGAGCACGUGUCCUUGACUUUUCUGGCUUCUAGAGGUUGCCUGCAUUCCUUGGCGGAUGGCCCCUUCCUCCGUCUUCAGGGUGCAUCACUGCAACCUCUGCUGCCCUCAUCACAUCUCCUCCUCUGACUCGGACCCUCCUGUCUCCUUCUUACAAGACCUGGAUAACCUGGGAUCACACCUCCCCUCAUCUCAGGACCCUUCACAUAAUCAACCUGCAAAGUCCCUUUUGCUGUGUACCCUAACACGCUCACAUGCUCCAGGGAUUAGGACAUCUUUGGGAAGAGGCGUCAUUUUGCCUACUGCAGUGGGACUGUAUGAUGUUUCCCUUUGGUAGAUGAAGCUGAUGUUGGAGGAAGUCAGACGUGAUGGGUUUACAGAUUGAGAAGAGGAGGAGUUGACUGCCACCCUAGGGUUCAUGAUGAGGGCACGAGAAGAAAACCCACUGGAGUUUUCUGCUUCAUAUUGCCCAUGUCAGAGGACCAGGUGGUGUUCUGGUCUGAGAAGUUCUGUGUAACCAAAAUCCAACCCAAAUUUGGGGUCAGGAAAGCCAAAAUCCAAAGCCUGGAUUUGAAAAUCCAAAAUUGAAAUCGAAAGAGAGUUGAAUGUGGAGCUGUGCCCCAGGAGUCGUGGCUUAAGUCGAACAAUAUUAUUGGAUGGUGUUGGGGGCUAUUGGUACAAAAAACAGAUAAUGAAAGAAGAGACUCAAAAAUGUGGGUUGAAGAACCGGGGAGACAAAAUCGGAGAAACUGAAUCUUCCAGUAUAGAUUAUUAUGGGCAGUUAGCUGAGGUGGGUUUUGUGACUUGUGGUUAGGUUAUGAGUCCAGUGAGUCAUACGAUGUGAGGUGUGGGCAUUAAAAAGGCCAGAAAUGAGGCCAAGUGGAAACUGAGAAGUGGCAGGCACAGAUUAAGGGAUGACUUUAGAGACUGGCAUCAUGGAAGAAAGAUAGACCGAGAAUCUCCGGAAAACUGAGUUUUUCUUGGAUUCUGUUUUCCUGAGAUUAAAACCAGUUCCCCACAUAUCAUGUGAUUCCAUUUGUAAAUCCAUCAUGACAGAAGGCAGAUUGGUGGUUAUUAGGGUUUGGGAGAACGGGGGAUAGGGAGUAACUGCUUUUGGGUACAGGGGUCUUAUUUUGGGGUGUUGAACAUGCUUUGGAACUAGAUAGAGGUGGUGGUUGCACAACAUUAUGAAUGUACUAAAUGCCACAGAGUUGCUCACUUUAAGAUGGUUAAUUUUAUGUGAUGUGAUUUCCACCUCAAUAAAAAAAAAAUAAAUCUUUGCUCCUGACACCAGUUCAUCUCCGUAUGGGGAGACAUGUCUUAGGGAAUCAGAGGCUUAAACCAGAAAUGCUUCCCCUUCUUCACCAGGCUCUG